AGUCUCUGUACCCAUUUCCUCCCACUCCAUGCUCUGCCCAGGCCUGUUUCCUAACUGCUUCCUUUCAUCCCUCUCCUUUCUUCAAGCUCCAGACUGUGUUUUCUGCAGGCGGGACAGGCCUGCCUGUCACUGCAGGACUCACCCUUCAGUCCGCCUCUCAUGAUUAGCUCCAGCAUUGGUGCUUGUCCGUGAAACCCUCACUCAUGGGUCCUCCUCUCCUAGUCUAGUAGGAGAUACUCUGAGGGAAGAGGAGAAAGCUGAGAGCCCAGCCAGGAGCUCCCAGCAGCUCUCUGAGUGCCGUCUGGGCAGAGCCUGGAUGCCCCAGACCAAAGCAGCAUGUUCUUACAGACUCCUUGCGUAUCCUGUACCCUGUUAAAGCUUACCAGGUACAAAGGACAUGAGUAGGAAUACACAUAUGGUGAUAAUGUCAUUUUUAUUCUCUAGUGUGAAGCUUUCCGUAGGAGAUUACCGAUUGUUUUGCCCCUUUGAAUAGGUAGGUCUCCUGACGGUUAAGAGGGAGGGAGAAAGAGAGAAGGAAAGAAAUGAGAAGGGAGUGUGUGUGAGAGAGAGUGCAAAAGGUGGAUUUUAGAAGAAGUUCUUUAAAAAUAAACCGUUAGACUAUGGAGCCUGCUCCAUGGGCAGGCGUGGGCUAUCCAUUACUAGAACUUGUCAACACUGGAAGGAGUGUGUGUAUGUGUGUCACUAAGUUCACAGAGACAGGGUAGAACAUUAUAUGCUUUAUGGCUUUUCUUGCUUCUCUUUACACAUAGGUCCUGUUAUCAGAAGCCCAGGUAGUAUCUUUAAACAAGAGGAUCAUAAGCCUCAAGAUAGAGGCCAUCUGCCUUUUGGGCUGAAAACUGACAGAUUUUGGGGUUAAGUAAUCACUCGAGUCCCUGUGUGGAAAUGGAUCAUAGAGGAGAAAACUGGGAAUGGGACUCCUUCUGAAUAAUUUGGGAGACAACUCCUUGUAUUGGCUGAAAUGGAAAUAGGCUGGUUUCUCAGAGAGAUUAAGACUGGAAGCCCCUCACCCCCCCCCCACUCCCAGACACACCCAUUUCUUGUGUGAGUGAGCAUGCAUAAGCUAUUUUAAUCUGAGCUGCCUUUACUACAUGUAACCUAGUCAUUUGGGAGUGACGUCAUGGUAACUGAGUAAUCCCUUUGAAAGUUAAGUGGUAGAGCCAAGAUAUUAAAAUGGUCCUAGGGCUACCUGGAUGAAAGUGGGAGCAGGGUGUGUAUAAAUCCAUUUAUUAGAGGCACAAUCUCUAUCAGUGGAAGUCUUGACUCUGAAGUAGCAAAUUUGGUUUUUGUGGUAUGUGGGACAUUGUGUAACUAGAAAGAUCUCUAAAUAGAAAUUCCCAUGGUUGUUAACACUUGUAGUUCUGGUUCUUUAUUUUCUUUUCCUCUAUCUUGGUAAUUAGGAAAGUUCCCUUGUGAACUUGGUUGUGAAUUCUGAAAGUGUUGACCUUAAACCUUAUUAAUAGAAUGAGAGGAUCUGCAGGAGGUUUAGCCACACUAAUCGCCAUUGGGCAUGCUUAUUAGAGAAGGAGUAUACCAGUAUCAGCCUGAAACAUCAUACUAUUGUGUUGUUUCGUUUUGUUUUUUUAAAGGCCUGAGCAGAGAACUUAGGCUUUGAUCAGCAUUUGAAGGUGAAACAGACUGGUAAGGAGAAUGGGCAGUCAUUGCUUGGGUUGUUACAGAACCCUGGGACUUUGUACAUUCCACUGACUUUGUGAUCUUAGAUUUAUCCAUGGCUCAGAUUGUGUUCAAGUCUGGGAUCUCUUAGGAAACUGUAAUUGCAGGCAAACAUACAGGCAAAAUCCAGAUCUUGGCAUGUGGUCACCCAGCGGCCAUUUAUGUUCUGAAGUUCUCAAGUGAGCUUUUGCUCUUCCAAGGUAAGAACCAGCUCCAUGUCCCUGGAAACUUUAUAACAUGACAUGGCAGUUCAAAUUCCAGAUCUCUAUGGGAGAUAAUGUAUUAGUUCGCCAGUGAAUCACCUGGGCGGGAGGAAUGAGGAGCUGAUGACACUUGCUGAGAGCUCCUAGGGUCAUAGAAUCAGAGAGGGAAGAAAACUGAUGGAUUCACCAGGCUCAUUUUGCCUGAUGAGUAUUUGCUGAAGCUGUUUUUGCUAUGCUUUAUUAUAAUUUUAAACAUCACAGUGCAUGUUGAUGUCUCAGGACCCUGACUUUGACCUUACUGCAUUUCUCUCUUGAGUCACUUAGAAUAUUGUCUAGCCACUGCCAGAAUUCUUAGCCACUAAAUUAGAAGAAAAUCACUGAACCUAUAGCUUGCAUAAAAAAUCACCUGUAUCCCUUUAACAUUCAUACCUUUUAAAAUACUAUAUGAUGGGGAUCCUUAAAUUGGAAAUCAUAAUUAUUAAAUGUUUUACUUUUACAGAUAUAUGGAGGGGUUAAGAGAAAACAGUGUAUUUGUCAUGGGAAAAUCUGCCUGCUGAAUAAAGCACUCUAGGAAAUAUGGUAAAUGAAACCUUUGUUACUGUAAAACAAUAGCCAUUAAGUGACUAUUAUGUAAUGUUAUUUCUUAUGUCUGAUUUGGAAUGGCUUGUUGAUCUUGAAACUUGAGAUAAAAUUCCUGUAAAAAUACUACUUUCAUUUGGCUAAUCUCAAGACUUUGGAUACAAAAUCAAAGACUUUUCCAAGUGGAUUACCUUGGUCAGACAUUGAGCCCUAGAGAUAUUGAAGCCAUGUCGGAUAGAUUUUUUUUCCAUGUAAGGAUUAAUUUUAUCCACUUGGUAUUCUCCAUUUGAGUACCCAUCCAAAUAAACACAAAUUAUUUGCUAAUCCAAAAAAUGAUUCAUUGUACAAUUAACCUACACUUGCUCAACCACUCCAAAGGGCACACAGGUGGCAAAACAGCUGAUAGGCACUCUCACCUAACUUGGCAGGUUGAAUGGUUGAUGAUGCAUUUGCAUUUUCCAUAAAUGAUGGAUUUUUAAGCAAAGGAAGUUUUUAAUCGUAGAUCUCAAAUGGCCAUAGCAGCUAAGAGUGGAACAGGGAGAGUAUGGGAUAGUUCAGGGGUGUGUUAGGUCAUAGUUCUUUUUAUGGAUUCUGCAAAAUGAGCUUCUGUGCUUACAAAUCAUAAUUUCCUGUGUGUUUUAGGAUUUGAUAUUUGGGGUUAGAUGUUUGGACCCAGAGAGUUAGUAAGGGAUAAAACUUGCCAUAUUUUUACUAUGUGACCUAUAAAAUUUAUAUGUAGUACUCUUUGUCAGUAGUUGUUUUCUCUGUAGUCAAUUUCAGAUGAGUUAGCCUUCCAAAUCUAGGAUUUUUAAGGUGAGAAAUUAAUAGUGGUUUGUAUAAGCCUUCUUAACAUAAGAAUCCAGGCUCAAGAGUUCCACUCUCUUCAGUCCAGUUCUUAGAGCUUGGUGGUUUUGAUGCCAUUUUACCGGCAACAUCAUUGCCCAGAUGCCUUCUAGGUAGGUGGACCAGUUUUUUUGAAAUUGUGAUUGAUGACAUAUCAUUUGUUGGCUUCUUAAAAGAAAUUCUUUAAAUAAUAGAAGUUGUGAUUUGUCUUACCUUAGGAGAAUGAACCUUAAAAUUAGUCUACCUUCUCACACCAGACCUAGGGUGAUUUGGGAGUCAAAAGGUACAGAUAAUUGAGCUGUUUAGCUAUUAAUAUGAUGCAACAUUUUGAUGCCAUUCCUAGGAAACACAUUCCAUGGAAUGGGUCCCGGGUUUAAAAAUCCAUGAGGAAAAGGGUUCUGACUCCUGGCACUAACAGACAUAUUCAGAAAUGUUGUAUUCAAGCCAGAGUAAAUAUAUAUGCCCUUUACACUUUCUUUCAGUUAGCAGAAGUCACCUCUAAACACUUAUUUUGGCAUUAAGGAAGCUCGUCAUGACCUAUUGUUCCAGAAAGAUUAUAGUUCUCAUUUUAAGCCAGUUUUCUAGUUCCCGUGUGAGUGGCGUGCCCAGCCCAGAGCCGAAGAAACAAGCUUGGCUUUUCAGACCUUCCAUUCUUUUAGGUGUGUCCUGCAGGCAGUGGCUUGUAGCUGUUUCUUCAGCCACUUAACAGGUUUGAUUUCAAAUCUAUUUAAUAAGAAACUAACAUGUUUGGAGGGGAUUCAUGGCCCAACAUUUAUGGACUUUGUUGGGAAGUUCCAGUUGCCGAACAAGCAACCGGAAAAGCUUGAUAGGCAAUGGACAGUCACCAGCAUUGCCUCGACCACACUCACCUCUCUCUGCUCAUGCAGGAAAUAGCCCUCAAGAUAGUCCAAGAAAUUUCUCCCCCAGUGCCUCAGCCCACUUCUCAUUUGCACGGAGGACUGAUGGACGCCGCUGGUCCUUGGCUUCUCUCCCCUCCUCUGGCUAUGGGACAAAUACGCCCAGCUCCACAGUCUCUUCCUCCUCUUCCUCCCAGGAGAAGCUGCAUCAGUUACCGUACCAACCAACACCAGAUGAAUUGCACUUCCUGUCGAAACAUUUUUGUACUACCGAAAGCAUCGCCACGGAAAACAGAUGCAGGAACACACCCAUGCGCCCCCGCUCCCGAAGUCUGAGUCCUGGACGUUCUCCCGCCUGCUGUGACCAUGAAAUAAUUAUGAUGAACCAUGUCUACAAAGAAAGGUUCCCAAAGGCUACGGCUCAGAUGGAAGAACGUCUGAAGGAAAUUAUCACCAGCUACUCCCCUGACCAUGUUCUUCCUCUAGCAGACGGAGUGCUUAGUUUCACUCACCAUCAGAUUAUUGAACUGGCUCGAGAUUGCUUGGAUAAAUCCCACCAGGGUCUUAUCACCUCACGAUACUUCCUUGAAUUACAGCACAAAUUAGAUAAAUUGCUACAAGAGGCUCAUGAUCGUUCAGAAAGUGGAGAAUUGGCAUUUAUUAAACAACUAGUUCGAAAGAUCCUAAUUGUUAUUGCCCGCCCAGCUCGGUUAUUGGAGUGCUUGGAAUUUGAUCCUGAAGAAUUUUACUACCUCCUGGAAGCAGCAGAAGGCCAUGCAAAAGAAGGACAGGGUAUUAAAACUGACAUCCCCAGGUACAUCAUUAGCCAACUGGGGCUCAAUAAGGAUCCUUUGGAAGAAAUGGCUCAGUUGGGAAACUAUGAUAGUGGGACAGCAGAAACACCAGAAACAGAUGAAUCAGUGAGUAGCUCUAAUGCUUCCCUGAAACUUCAAAGGAAACCUCGGGAAAGUGAUUUUGAAACGAUUAAAUUGAUUAGCAAUGGAGCCUAUGGGGCAGUCUACUUUGUUCGGCAUAAGGAAUCCCGGCAGAGGUUUGCUAUGAAAAAGAUUAAUAAACAAAACCUCAUCCUCCGCAAUCAGAUCCAGCAGGCCUUCGUGGAACGGGAUAUCCUGACUUUUGCAGAGAACCCCUUUGUCGUCAGCAUGUAUUGCUCCUUUGAAACAAGGCGCCACUUAUGCAUGGUCAUGGAAUACGUGGAAGGGGGUGACUGUGCUACAUUAAUGAAGAACAUGGGGCCUCUCCCUGUUGAUAUGGCCAGGAUGUACUUUGCCGAGACGGUGCUGGCCUUGGAAUAUCUACAUAAUUAUGGAAUUGUACACAGGGAUUUGAAACCAGACAAUUUGUUGGUCACCUCCAUGGGGCACAUAAAGCUGACAGAUUUUGGAUUAUCCAAGGUGGGACUAAUGAGCAUGACUACCAAUCUCUAUGAGGGUCAUAUCGAGAAGGAUGCUCGAGAGUUCCUGGACAAACAGGUCUGUGGCACACCUGAAUACAUUGCACCAGAAGUGAUUCUGAGGCAGGGCUAUGGGAAGCCGGUGGACUGGUGGGCCAUGGGGAUUAUCCUCUAUGAAUUUCUUGUUGGAUGUGUGCCAUUCUUUGGGGAUACUCCAGAAGAGCUAUUUGGACAAGUCAUCAGUGAUGAGAUCAACUGGCCAGAAAAGGACGAGGCGCCACCCCCCGAUGCCCAGGAUCUGAUUACCUUGCUUCUUAGGCAGAAUCCCCUGGAGAGACUGGGAACAGGUGGUGCCUACGAAGUCAAACAGCAUCGAUUCUUCCGUUCUUUAGACUGGAACAGUUUGCUGAGACAGAAGGCAGAAUUUAUUCCCCAACUGGAAUCCGAGGAUGACACAAGUUAUUUUGAUACUCGAUCAGAGAAGUAUCAUCACAUGGAGACAGAGGAAGAAGAUGACACAAACGAUGAAGACUUUAAUGUGGAAAUAAGGCAGUUUUCCUCUUGUUCACACAGGUUUUCCAAAGUUUUCAGCAGUGUAGACCGAAUAACUCAGAAUUCCGGAGAAGAGAAGGAAGACCCCGGAGGCAAAACGAAAAGCACAGCAUUGCCAUCCACAGAAACACUCAGCUGGAGUUCGGAAUAUUCCGAAAUGCAACAGUUAUCCACAUCCAACUCUUCAGAUACUGAAAGCAACAGACAUAAACUCAGUUCUGGCCCACUUCCCAAACUGGCUGUUUCAACAGAGGCAGAGAAAGACGAGGCUGCCCCCUGCCCCAGAGACCUGCCGGAGGAGCCAGAAAAGCCAGCCCUUCCUCCUGCAGAGAGUGCUCAGGAGGAGCCCGAGGUCACCACGCCGGCCAGCACCAUCAGCAGCUCCACGCUGUCGGUUGGCAGUUUUUCAGAGCACUUGGAUCAGAUAAAUGGACGAAGCGAGUGUGUGGACAGUACAGAUAAUUCCUCAAAGCCCUCCAGUGAACCCGCUUCUCACAUGGCCCGGCAGCGAUUAGAAAGCACAGAAAAAAAGAAAAUCUCGGGGAAGGUCACAAAGUCCCUUUCUGCCAGUGCUCUGUCCCUCAUGAUCCCAGGAGAUAUGUUUGCUGUUUCUCCCCUGGGAAGUCCAAUGUCCCCCCAUUCCCUGUCCUCGGACCCUUCUUCUUCACGAGAUUCCUCUCCCAGCCGAGAUUCUUCAGCAGCUUCCGCCAGUCCACAUCAGCCCAUCGUGAUCCACAGUUCCGGGAAGAACUAUGGUUUUACCAUCCGAGCCAUCCGGGUGUAUGUGGGAGACAGUGACAUCUAUACGGUGCACCAUAUUGUUUGGAAUGUAGAAGAAGGAAGUCCAGCAUGCCAGGCAGGACUGAAGGCUGGGGAUCUGAUCACACACAUCAAUGGAGAACCGGUGCAUGGACUUGUCCACACGGAAGUUAUAGAGCUCUUGUUGAAGAGUGGAAAUAAGGUGUCAAUCACUACUACCCCAUUUGAAAACACAUCAAUCAAAACGGGACCAGCGAGGAGAAACAGCUAUAAGAGCCGGAUGGUGAGGCGGAGCAAGAAAUCUAAGAAGAAAGAAAGUCUAGAAAGGAGAAGAUCCCUUUUCAAAAAACUAGCCAAGCAACCUUCUCCUUUGCUCCACACCAGCCGAAGUUUCUCCUGCUUGAACCGGUCCCUAUCAUCAGGGGAGAGCCUCCCGGGUUCCCCCACUCACAGCUUGUCUCCCCGGUCCCCCACGCCCAGCUAUCGCUCCACCCCCGACUUCCCAUCCGGUACUAAUUCCUCUCAGAGCAGCUCCCCAAGCUCUAGCGCCCCCAAUUCCCCAGCGGGGUCAGGACACAUCCGGCCCAGCACCCUCCAUGGUCUGGCCCCCAAACUCAGUGGACAGCGCUACCGGUCCGGAAGGCGGAAGUCGGCUGGCAGCAUCCCCCUCUCCCCGCUGGCCCGGACCCCCUCUCCAACGCCACAGCCCACCUCCCCCCAGCGGUCACCAUCCCCUCUGUUGGGACAUUCCCUUGGCAAUCCCAAGAUCGCUCAGGCCUUUCCCAGCAAAAUGCACUCCCCUCCCACCAUCGUCAGACAUAUUGUGAGGCCCAAGAGCGCAGAGCCCCCGAGGUCCCCGCUGCUCAAGCGCGUGCAGUCAGAGGAGAAGCUCUCCCCCUCCUAUGGCAGUGACAAAAAGCACCUGUGUUCCCGCAAGCACAGCCUGGAGGUGACCCAGGAGGAAGCGCAGCGGGAGCAGCCUCAGCGGGAAGUGACCUUGCAGAGCCUGGAGGAGAGUGUGUGUGAGGCGCCUUCGCUCAGCCGCGCCAGGCCUGUGGAGCAAGGCUGCCUGAAGCGCCCCGUCUCCCGGAAGCUGGGGAGACAGGAGUCUGUGGACGAGCUGGACCGAGAGAAGCUGAAGGCCAAGGUGGUAGUGAAGAAACCAGAGGGCUUCCCAGAGAAACAGGAACCCCACCAGAAAUCCCAUGGACUUGGUAGUGAUUUAGAGAACCUCUCGACUUUUCGGCUAGAAGAGAGAGAGAAAAAGAUAUACCCAAAGGCUUUAGAAAGGUCAAAUCAUUUUGAAAACAAAGUGGCCUUGCAGGAGACCCAGUCCCUGGGCAGUCUACUGAAAGGGGCUCUUCACAAGCAGGCGAGCGUUCGGGCCAGCGAGGGGGUGACCUCGGAAGGGGCAGCGACGGGCCAAGUCCUGGCACCUGGGGAGCACAGCCAGGGCAACUGUGACUUCAAGCGCACCUCUGCUCCCAGCACCCUCCAGGACACUCUCUGUCACUCCACGGACAGGUCCAGCUCCGUGAAGGGGGACAACCUGGAGAAGGCCCCCCAGGCCAAGGAGUGUCUCCGAUGUGAGAAGUUAGACAGCAAACUGGCCAACAUCGAUUACCUCCGAAAGAAAAUGUCACUUGAAGACAAAGACGACAGCCUGUGCCCUGUGCUCAAGCCCAAGAUGACCUCUAGUGCCCACGAAAGCCUGCCCGGGAACCCAGUCCGGGCCAUGGGUGCACAGCAGGAGGCCCUGCCGGCCUCUGAGAGCCGAGCGUUCAUCAGCAGUGCCCACCCGACGCAGAUCAGUGCUGUUUCUUUUGUCCCUCUCAAGGCCCUAGCCGGCCGGGUGGAUGGUGGAGUGGAGAAGCCGGGCUUGGUUGCUCCCGAGUCACCUGUCCGCAAAAGCCCCUCCGAGUAUAAGCUGGAAGGUAGGUCUGUGUCCUGCCUGAAGCCAAUUGAGGGCACUUUGGAUAUUGCUCUCCUGUCUGGACCUCAGGCCUCCAAGACCGAGCUGCCGUCCCCGGAGCCCGCACAGAGCCCCAGCCCCGCCAGUGAGGUGGGGCCCUCUGUGCCACCGGCUCUCCCCAGCAGCGGGGGCAUGAAGGGUGACACGGCCGGUCAGAGGGAGCCUUCCCCUGCCAGCUUCAGGAUGAGCAAGUCCUACCUGCUGGAGUCCCGGUUCCCGCCCUCCAGCCGGGGUCUCCAGAAUUCACCAGCAGCUCCCUUGCCUGAGCCUGAGCUAAAGCGGGACAGGAAAGCUUCCCAUGCUGCCAGGAGCCCCGUGGCAGCCACGGAAAGCGAUCUCCAGCACAGAGAGGGGGGCCCCAGCAGACACCAAGACCACAGCCCCGACACUAAACUCCUCCCCCUCCUGGGGCCGAACCCCCACGGUGCCGACCCGUCCAGGUCACGCAGCCUGCUGCCACCUGAAGGCGCCCCCUCGAGGGAGAAGCUGAGCGGGAGGGAAUCGUCUGAAAGGGGCCCUUCCGCAGCCAGAGGCCAGCGGGCCGCUACCGGGCCCGACUCCCGCGGAGAGCCCUCCGUGGAGGUGUGUCCUCCAGCAGCUGCCAAGACCAGCGACGGCUCCAGAAACGCCCCCUCUGGGGGAAGGCCCCGCCCCGACGGCUACACUCAGCCCCACCCCACGCCCACGGAGAACGCAUGGGGGCCCUGUGGGAAAACAGGCCACAGAGACGGCCGGGUUGAGGUGAGGCCGCUGGCGAGGGAGGACUCCUCUUCUUCGCCGUCCGCAGGGACUCCUUCCGAGAGGGAGCCCGGCAGAGGAAGGGCUGGUACGGAACCCCCGCCCGAAGCCCCUCCUGCCCGGCGGUCCCUGCAGCCCCCCGGCACUGAGAAUGGGAAAGGAGACCCGCUCUCUGGUUGCGCAGCGUGGCAGAAAGACCGUCCCCAGGAGCCCCAGAGGAAGGAAGAGCUUCUACAGAAGCACGUGGGCGGUAGCCCCCAGCCCGCCGCAGUCACCAGAGACCUGCCGGGCCUGGCCGCUCGGCCGAGCCACUCCUCGGGCAGGGAGCCGGGGGGCGGGCCUGGUGCUGCCGAGCCCGGCCCGGGCCUCCACGGCGCCCCCAAGCCGACCGCAGCGCACAGCGAGGGCGGCGGCCACAAGCCCAGGCCUGGCCCUGACCCGAGCCCUCCGCAGUCUAAGCGCCCGGACGGGGCCCCCUCCUCCCAGAAGCCGGGCGGUGGGCCUGCAGCGGGCAGAGAGCCUGGGGCUCCGCCGCCGGGGGGCCCGGGCCGAGAGGGCAAGGGCGGCGGCCAGGGCGUGUUGGAUGCGCUCCCCGCCCUCCCAGGCUCCCAGAACACGGCCGCUGAUGCGACGAGCCAGCGGGGGGGUGGACCCUCCGCCCCGCCGCGCACCGAAGGGGGUCUUGCCGACACCAGGCCGAGGCCCGCCAGCGGCGCGCGUCCCCCCGACGUGCUGGAGAAGCCCGCGCGGCUGCCGUGGCAAGGACACCCCGGAGCUGAGGCGUCGGCAGACCGGCCCCCCGCCGCUGCCGGUGAGAGGCAAGACCCGUCCCCAAAGCACCCCAGACCGUCCACUGUGAAAGACUGCCCACCUCUGUGCAGACCGGCAGACAAGAGUGCGGGUUCGCCGGCCGGCGCCGCCGGCAGGAGGCCUGAGGGCAGGCAGUGCAGCGAAGCGCCUUGUGUGGCGGCCGGCAGCGGGAAGCCCGAGGCCAGCCUUCCCCCGGCGCCCGGCGAGGCCCGGCCGCAGGGCGCGGAGAGGCCGGCCGCGGCCGGGGGGAAGGGCUUGCCGGAGGCCAGGGGGCGAGGGCUGAGUGCCCAGAAGCCGCCGGCCGAGGCAGGCAAGCCCGGGGGUGGCAUGAGCCGGUCACCCUCGGCCCCCGGGCAGAGCUGUCCGCGGCCCGCGGCCCUCCCGGAGAAGCCUCUGAGCCACUCCUCCAGCUUUCCCGAAGCCAGGCCCGGCGCGCGAGAGGCCGCUGCGAGCGGCAGCGACGCGUCCUCCGCCCGGGCCGGCGGGGCUGCCGCUCGGGCCCUGCCUGGUGGGGCUGGCCGAACCGCCGUGACCAAGAGCGACUCCCUGCCAUCCUUUCGGAGCCCCGCCGUCACUCUGGAAUUGCACCCCCCGGGCCCCAGUGUGGCAGGGGGCGCCGGCCGCCGGGACGGGGCCCUGGCGGGAACUGCCCCCGUGGGAGAAAGCAAAGGCAGAGAGCCCGCCCCGGCCCAGCCCCCUCAGACUCGGAAGCAGAACACGGGCAGAGAAGUCACCGAGGCGUCCCCAGCUCCAAACCCGGAGCGGCCCAUCGCCCUUUCUUCUGAGAAGGACUUUGUGGUCCGGCAGAGGCGGGGGAAAGAGAGUGUGCGUGGCAGCCCUCACAAAAAGGCCCCGUAAUGGGCCCGGCCCCAGGCCGCACUGGGGAGACCCGACCUGAAUGUGGACCCGAGCCUCGACUCCCUUCCGAAACCAGCACGGUGCGGGGACGCGCGCGGGCAGAGCCUGGAGCCUCGCCGCCGCCGGCCGGGCGGGGAGAGGGAGAGAAAGGCAGCAAGUCGGACAGACAGAGGGGACCUUCUUCCAAUUGCCUUCCCGAUUGUUACCGGUGAAACUGUACCAGAUAGUGUUUGUACAAACAGCAACGACAAAGACCUUUACAGUUGAGGGCUGUUGAGGAAAAAGAUCUUCUCUGUAAAUACCUAGCAAUGUGUUUGGUUUGGGAUGUAGAGCCGGUACCUUGCUGCUGAUUGCAUUGUUUACCACCGCUUUUUUUUUUCUUUCUUUCUUCCAGUUAAGAUUUUUGCUUUACCACUUACCAUAACGUAGUAACGAAGCAAAACGGUUAAAAUUGGGUGUAUGGAACAGUAUAGCUACGCUCCUGUUCGUCUAUACGCAUCCACCCACCUGUUUUUUGGUCUGUGGUUUUAAGAGAAUGUUUCAAUGAAGCUACAUUUUUCUAAGUUGAAACAUUCUAAGUAGAGUUAAAGGUGAAAGAAAGUCCUAGAUACAGUAGAUGGUGAGUUUUUGUGUGUAUUUUUCAAGAGAGACUUUGGUAGUACUGUAUCUGGCUACCUGUGUUUCCAGAUCUGAAAGUAAGAACUACUCUAAUCACUGCAUUUGGAAUCUUCCUCCAUUAGGAAUGGCCGGAGCCAAGGGAGCGAACCAUUCUCACUUCACAGCCAUCCCAGUGGACAUUCUGAUCCUGGGUCCAACUGUCUGAAAGGCCAGUUGUCCUUGUCUGCGGGCGCGUAUGUGGGGUCUUCACCCUUGCUGUAGCGGGGGCUGUAAACACACGUCAACUUUAUUUCUCUUACUUUCCCUUCUUUUCAUGCUCUUAAACUCAGGCCUUUAUGCUAUGAGUCACUAGUCCAAGAAGCACACAUCUUGUAGUAGUUUUGCACCAGCCCUGCUCUUGAACAAAAAGGAAAAUUCCUGGCCACACACAAAUCUGAGAGUACUUAAAUCGAUUAAGAAGGAUCAGGCAUUGGAAGAGGUUUUAAAUUGCUUUUUUGAGGGGAAAGGGGGGCAGAUUUUGGCAUCAUAGCAUAUAUAUUAAUGAAUAAUCAGGACAUCAGAUACAUCUUAAUACAUAGCUGGGGCCUUAUGUUGUAGACGAAGCUUGCUGUUUUUAGCAAGUUCCUGGGUUUCACAUUCAUUUCUGACGCAUCGAGUAGCUCCAUACAUUACAUAACACGAUCUCUUUAUUUGUAUGCAAAAAAAAAAAAAAUACUGUAUUAAUAAAGAGCAGCAUUUUUUUAACAAAAAGACUUGGUGGAGCUAUUUGGUGCUUGAAUGUGUCCUUUUUACUUUUGCUAAGCCUUAUUUAAAUUUUGUAUACCAUGGGAUAUGUAGAAUUCGUCAAAUCAUUUUAGUGCUGAGGGGGUUUUUUUGUUUGUUUUUGUUGCAGUUGUCCUGGUGGCUUGUUUUGUAUUGUAAGACGACACUUGCUGACAUAAGUUCUAAAGGCACUAAGAGAAAAUACACACAGAUAAGUCUUUAUAAGAUGUUUGGGAUCCAUAGCAGGCUAUUUCAUUUUGUUUUUUAAGAGAAAAAAAAUUUACCAAUAAAUACUAAGUCAGCACCCAAACCCCCUCGGAUGUCUUAGUAUCUUCAAGCUAUAAAAUUGUUCCUCUAAGCACAGCCUGUGGAUUAUAAAUUAUUUAAGCAAGGCUGUAAACCCUUCUCCAAAAAACAAAGGCAUAACUUAACUGACUACUUGGUUGUCCUUCAUUGUACAAUGAGUUGGCAAUGGAAAAAAAAAAAAAAAGUCUCCUCCUUGCCCCUGAUUUUUUUUUCCCCAUGUAGUUUUAGCUCUUCCCCAUCACUACAUUGUGAAAUUGUAGAAGAAACAAAUAUUCUAAAAGAACUCACGUGGGUUUCCAAAGUGGUCUCAACAUUUAUAAUUCAUAUCUGUAUUUGGCGGUUGUCAUAACCCGGUCCUCUGUACUCAGACACCACGGCAGGUCUAUCGGGGAUGUAGUUCAAGGUUUAUAGCCUUUGCUUUUUAACUGUCCAGUUUCCUUUAAAGCACAACUAGCUGCUUGUUUACAAAUGAUAUUUUUAUGUAUAUUUUGUAUAGUGUAUUAUCAUUUUUGCCAAAUACGUUUUUGCAUUUUGGAUGAGUAAAGAGUACUUAAGGUUGCAUUCAUGUAAUACCUGUUUGUUGUUGUAAACCUCUCCAGUCAGCUGGUAGAAAUUCUCCUGUGUUCUAUUUGGUCAGUCUCCUGUGAUUGUAAGAUGUGCUCCUUGGUAGUACUCCCAGCUGUAGAUUUACCAGCUUCAAAGUUUGUUAGGAUCUGUGCAAUAAAGUGUUUGCAGUCUUAUUUUCUCUAAGAAAUUCCCUAUGGAUGUCAUAACUGUUGUAUAUGGAACAAAUAUUUAUACUUAUGCAGUUGCAUAACAUUGAAAUAAAAA